CUCUGCAGAAAAACUAGACCAGCCACAGGUUCAAUAACAUCGUGGUAGCAGCCUUGUCUCUUCUCUUUCCCACCCAUCUUGUCCUGCUCCUCACUCGCCCCUUUCGUUCCACGAAUCAGUGCCGCCAAGACCCCCAACCUGAUCGUCGUAUCAAGCGAAAUCUCGUUUGACCCACGUCGGUCGGCCAUCAUCCACCGAGCUCAGUCUCAGUUGACUAUUGAAGUCACCUCAUCUGACGCAAAACCUAUCUUCUGAUUAAAAUUUUGGGCUGGUUUUCGCUUUUUCUUUGUUCCACUUCUGGCUUUCCGUGGGAAUCAUCCUUUUUGCCCUUCUCCUCAUCUUGCAGAUCCUGCCUGGCCCUCGCCCUUCCGUCAUCCUUUAAGAGGCGCUCGCCCCCACGACAAAUCUCCUACCUAAAGCCUCAUCAAUCACUCUACUUCAUACCAACCCUGCCAUUGGAGGAAUCCCUGCCAUCAGCAUUCUCUUGUGCCCCUCCUCCUACGACCGCUUACGAACUUCACCAUGGUUCGAGGCUUCUCAAGCCUUCGACGCCCUCUGCUGGGCCUCGGCGUUGUCGCUACAGCUGGAAGCGCCGUCGUCUACACUCGCACCAGGAUAUCUCACUCUACACACAAGCCGAUCGCAGAAGUCAAGCGCGACAGCAAUGGCCGCAUCGUUCCGCCUACUUUCCCCGUCAUUUCGUCUCGGUUGGAGCAGCUGGCCGAGCUCAAGCGCCACAGCAAAGCAAACGAGAAUCUUGAAGAGUACGACCUGCUCAUCAUCGGAGCGGGCGCGACCGGCGCCGGAAUUGCGCUCGAUGCCGUGACUCGAGGUCUCAAAGUGGCCAUCGUGGAUCGCGAUGACUUCUCUGCGGGCACCAGCUCCAAGAGCACCAAGCUGGUCCACGGCGGCGUGCGCUACCUCGAAAAGGCCGUCAUGAACCUGGACUACUCCCAGCUGCAGCUGGUGAUGGAGGCGCUGCAUGAGCGCAAGACGUUCCUCAAGAUUUCGCCUCACCUCUCCAACUCUCUUCCCAUUCUACUGCCCCUCAAGAACUGGUUCCAAGCCCCUUACAUGUGGGUUGGCACAAAGGCGUACGACCUGCUGGCCGGUUCACAAGGCAUCGAGGGCUCUUACUUCAUGAGCAAAAGCAAGGCUCUCGCCAACUUCCCUCUUUUGCGCAGCGAUGACAUGGUUGGCGCCCUCAUUUACUACGACGGCCAGCAUAACGACUCCCGAAUGAAUGUCUCCCUUGCUCUGACUGCCCAACUGUACGGCGCCACUGUCCUGAACCAUGUCGAAGUCACGGGCUUGGACAAGGAUCAGAACGGAAGAAUCCGUGGCGCAACCCUCCGAGAUGUUCUGGGCAACGACGACAAAGAAUUUACUGUGCGCGCCAAGGGCGUCAUUAACGCCACCGGACCCUUUACCGACGCUGUCGAGCGCAUGGACGACCCAUCGCGCAUGACUCUGGUAGCUCCCGCUUCCGGCGCCCACGUUAUGCUUCCCGGCAGUGUGUGCCCCAACGGCAUGGGCAUGCUCGAGGCAGCAACUUCCGAUGGACGAGUCGUCUUCGUGCUGCCCUGGCAAGGAUACACUGUCGCUGGAACCACAGAUAAUGCUUGUGAGAUUGAGAAGGAGCCGGUGGCGCAGAAGGAGGAUGUAGACUUUAUCCUAACGGAAGUCAACAAGCUUCUGCGGCCCGAAGCCAAGCUUGGCCAAUCUGAUAUUCUAGCUACUUGGUCUGGUAUCCGACCUCUUGUUCGAGACCCCAAGGCCAAGAACACCGAGUCCCUCGUACGAAGCCAUCUCGUCACCGUUUCGCCGUCCGGUCUUCUGACCUGCGCCGGUGGUAAAUGGACCACAUACCGCCAGAUGGCCGAAGACGCAGUCGAUGAGGCUGUCAAGACAUUCAACCUUGCUCCUUCUGCCGUUGCCCUCCCAGAUAUCAGCGGUGCUGGUCUCCCUGGCGUGCAAACUACCGGCCACUGCAUCACCAAAAACGUCCCCCUCCUGGGAGCCCAUGGUUACUCGACCUCUCUCGCCUCCCAACUCAUGGAGGCUCACCAUGUGGAUGCUGAUGUUGCCCACCAUCUGGCCCACAACUAUGGCGAUCGCGCCUGGGCCGUUCUAUCAGCCUCCAACUCCGCCGCCACUCGCCUGAUCCCCACACUCCCCUUUAUUGAAGCCGAAAUUCGCCACGGCGUCCGGUCUGAAGCUGCCUGCACUGCGGCCGACCUCAUCUCCCGACGCACUCGCCUCGCCUUCCUCGACGUUGAGAACGCCUUGCGCGCACUGCCUCGUGUUAUCGAUGUCAUGGGUGAGGAGCUCAAGUGGUCCGGCGAGCGAAAGCAGCAAGAAUGGAAGGAGGCCGUCUCGUUCUUCAAGUCAAUGGGCCUGGCGCAGGACAAGCUCAACAUCACCCGCAAAGAGGUCGAAGCCCUACCUGCUCUGGUAAGCAGAAAGCCCGAGGUGGCUACUGCGCCAAAGGGGGUUGAGCUGGGCAAGCUCGAAGCAAACGGUGUUUUGGCAUAGACUUGCACACACGAGCUGGGUCUAUGAAUCUGUUGUCGAUGAGUUUCGGCAGGCAGAUUCUUGUACAUAGUAUUUCUGCAUGGAACAGGGUGUUUUCUGUCGUUUUUCUUUUUGUCUUUUGGAGCAUGAUACCUGGGAUAUCUAACCGGAAAGAAAGGGUGUGCGAAGAUUCAUUACAUUGGGUAGAAGCAGCGGUUGGGAUUUAAGAAAUGGGAGCCAUAGACUGCUUUUUCCUUUUCCUUUUCUUUUUCUCUUGUUUUUCUUGCUUAUAAACUAGUCGUUAUGCAUAUCGAGACUACUACAAUACAAGACAGCUUUUACAAAUA